UCUGCUAUUCACCGACGAGCUCAUCGAGACAGACGAGCUAGGAUUCACUGAUCGUCGUAUUGACACUGGACAAUUGCACCGGUUCACGGGCCAUUUCGCAGACAUGCUUCUCCCUGUACUCCUGAGCACUUCUUUCGGCCUGGCAUCGGCGCGAAUAUAUCCGUACAUGUAUGGAGUGCCGAGGUUUCCAGAUACCGACAUCAAUCAAGUCGCAAUAGUCCCUGAUGUCACGGCAGUGGAAAAUACCACGACCCCCUCCAACUCGACUCAGGCUCCUCCCCCAUCCUCCGCCCCAACCGCUCCAGCGACACCCGGUCUUGCAGAGCCAUGCGCUGUUGUCAGUAGCGCCAUUGCAGCAUUGCCAUCUGGAGCUCGAAAGGUCGUCCCGGCAGAACUUGGGCUUAUGUGCCUUCAGUCCGUUCCCCUCGACAAGGACGGAAAUAUAAAAUUAAUUGACGACCUCAAGCUCUAUCUACAAUGGCAGUCGAAUUUGGCCUACCUCAAAAACCCACCCCCGGAGUACACGGAGGACCCGGUGGAUGUGAUUGGGGAAAUGGAAAGCAUGCAGAAACAACUCUCAUCUGGCGGAUACAGGAAUGAGUACGACUUCCAGUUAGAUCUCAUGACGCUCUUCAAUCGUGCAUACGACAACCACUUGGCAUGGCAACCAGACAUUCUUGCUGGCGCAAUGCAGUUCCAACGACUAGCCGGAACUGAACUUGUCUCUGUGUCUUCUGAUGGCGUUGCUCUUCCAGAAAUCUUUGCAUAUCGCGACUUUCAGCUAGCCCAGAAUGAUAGCUCGUUCAAGCCAUCUCCUGUUAGGACGAUCAAUGGUCAAGGAGUGGAAGAAUACCUUAAAACUGUUGCUCCACAAGCUGAUUUCCAUGAUGCCGAUACUCGAUGGAACGCUCUAUUCCCAAGCCAACCUCUCAUCGCUUCAGGGUCGACUUUCCUGGGGUCCUUCCGAUCUGGAAGAUAUACGGGACCUAACACGACCAUGUCUUUUGCAAACGGAACCACUCGCUCCGUAAUGAACGUUGCUGUCGUUUUUGCCAAUUUUACUGGGGUCGAUAGCGGGGAGAAGUUCUUCAGCAAGUUCUGCACAGGACCACAGCCUACCACAACGAGCACUGCCACAUCCACCGCAUCGAGUACUUCAACGGCAAUGCCAUCUCAUACUGGCUAUCCCAAGGCAAUCAUUAUUCACCCUAACCUUUCUUUAGGAGGUUACUGGAUCAAUAACACUGGCUAUGAAGAUGUGGCAGUUCUCAGCAUCCCCAGCUAUGAAUCACCCGAUGUGCAACUCUUCCAAAACAUCAUGCGCGACUUUAUCAGGAUGUCCGUUCAAGCCAAGAAGACGAAACUUAUUUUCGAUCUCCGUGGGAAUGGUGGUGGGAAUGCUAUCCUCGGUUAUGAUUCCUUCAAACAGGUCUUCCCCCAGCGCGAGCAAGAACCGUUUGGCGCUACUCGGUAUCGCGCCAAUGCAGCUAUGAACAUCACGGGUCAAAUGACAAGCGACUUCGACGCUGGGACAACCUAUGUCCAAGGCAAUGCAACCGCCUUCGCUGACAACUUCAACGGCACGACACCAAGCGACAUUGUCCUGUUCACAGCCGGAUUUAACUAUCAACAUCAGCUGGAUAUUAACCACCAGAAGAUCGACUCGUGGGCGCAGAUGUUUGGACCUGCGCAACAUAAUGGAGACUCGUUCACAAACACCAUUCGGUAUAAUUUCAGUGACGAGCCGAGCUAUACGUAUCCCGGUUUUUCGGUCAUCGGAUUCCUGAAUAAUACGAACGAGACGAAUACACCCCAGCCUUUCAAAGGCGAAAAUAUUGUCAUGUUGCAUGAUGGCAUGUGCUCCUCAACCUGCACCAUCGUCUCCGAGUUAUUGAAGAAUCAAGGGGGCGUGCGAACCAUCGCAGUUGGGGGACAGCCCAAAUUCGGCCCGAUGCAAGGUAUCGGAGGUACCAAGGGCGCCCAGAACUUUCAAUGGGACGAUAUACAAGUUCGGUCUCAAAUUAUCUUCUUUCUUGGCAGUCCCGAGCAACAAGCUGCAUGGAAUAAGACAGAGCUUGGCAAAACAGCGUUUGCGACACAGCUUUUCAGACGUUCCGCCUACUCAGGAGAUCGUGCAGCUGGCGGUAUCAACUUGCGAGACAACUUGCGCAAAGAUGAUGCAUCGCAAACCCCACUCGAAUUCAUUUAUGAGGCUGCAGACUGCAGGAUGUGGUUCACAGCGCCGAUGAUUAACGAUGUUACCGAGGUUUGGAAGGGUGUUGUGGAUCGGAUGUGGAGAAACACGAGUUGUGUGCAAGGCAGCACAGGUGAUGCCAGCAGUGUAUCCGCCGGAGGGCAGAACAAAAGCGGAAGUGUGCCACCACCGCCGCUGCAGAAGGGAUCAGAGUCGGUCGCGCGCGAAACGGGACACUCUGCAGGGUCCCUCGGAUGGAGUUUCAUCGUCGCCGUUGGUGUAUCUUUGUUAUUCUUGUAGUAAGUUUGGAUAUCCC